AUGUCGCGGAGGAAGCAAGCGAAGCCUCAACAUUUCCAAUCCGACCCUGAAGUGGCCUCGCUCCCCCGGCGAGAUGGGGACACAGAGAAGUGUCAACCAAGUCGCCCCACUAAGAGCAAGGAUGCCCACGUCUGUGGCCGGUGCUGCGCUGAAUUCUUUGAAUUAUCAGACCUUCUGCUCCACAAAAAGAGCUGCACUAAGAAUCAAUUAGUUUUGAUUGUCAAUGAAAGUCCAGCCUCCCCACCAAAAACCUUCCCUCCUGGCCCGUCUCUCAAUAACCCUGACGAGCAAAUGAAAGACGUGGUCAAUAAAGCAGACCAAGAAGACGGCAGUGACCUUUCAGAACACAAGGGACUUGACAGGGAAGAGUCCAUGGAGGUGGAGGUCCCAGUCGUCGCCACCACCACCACCACCACCACUACCACCGGCGGCGGAGGCAGCAGUGGCAGCACUGUGAGCGGUGUCACCAGCAUCAUCACCCCAAGCUGCCACAGCGGCUCUUCCACGGGUACCUCAGCGAUCACAACCUCUCUACCUCAACUCGGGGACCUGACGACACUGGGCAACUUCUCGGUGAUCAACAGCAACGUCAUCAUUGAGAAUCUCCAGAGCACCAAGGUGGCGGUGGCCCAGUUCUCCCAGGAAGCGAGGUGUGGGGGCGCCUCCGGAGGCAAGCUGCUCAUCUCAACCCUCAUGGAGCAACUCCUGGCUCUGCAGCAGCAGCAGAUCCACCAGCUGCAGCUCAUAGAGCAGAUUCGGCACCAAAUACUGCUGCUGGCUUCUCAGAGCGCAGACCUGCCAGCGCCUUCUGUCCCUUCUCAAGGUACUUUACGAACAUCUGCCAACCCCUUGACCACACUGAGCUCCCAUUUGUCCCAGCAGCUGGCGGUGGCCGCUGGGUUAGCACAGAGCCUUGCUAGCCAAUCUGCCAACAUCAGCGGUGUGAAGCAGCUCCCCCCAGUCCAGCUACCUCAGAGCAGCGCGGGCGCCAUCGUCACGCCCAGUAGUGGCACUUCUCCCAACGUGAGCAUCGUGACGGCUGCAGUUCCCACCCCGUCCUCAGAAAAAGUGGCUUCCAAUGCUGGUGCCUCCCAUGUCAGCUCCCCGGCCGUCUCAGCAUCCUCCUCACCAGCAUUCGCAAUAAGCAGUCUGUUGAGUCCUGCAUCUAACCCACUUCUACCUCAGCCAACCCCAGCCAACGCUGUUUUUCCUACCCCUUUGCCUAACAUUGCAACAACCGCAGAAGAUUUGAACUCCCUGUCUGCCUUGGCCCAGCAAAGAAAAAGCAAGCCACCAAAUGUCACUGCCUUUGAAGCGAAAAGCACUUCAGACGAGGCAUUCUUUAAACACAAGUGCAGGUUCUGUGCAAAGGUCUUUGGGAGUGACAGUGCCUUGCAGAUCCACUUGCGCUCCCAUACUGGAGAGAGGCCAUUCAAGUGUAACAUCUGUGGGAACAGGUUCUCCACCAAGGGCAACCUGAAAGUCCAUUUCCAGCGCCACAAAGAGAAGUACCCCCACAUCCAGAUGAACCCGUACCCCGUACCGGAACACCUGGACAACGUCCCCACGAGCACCGGCAUCCCCUACGGCAUGUCCAUUCCUCCAGAGAAGCCAGUCACCAGCUGGCUAGACACCAAGCCAGUCCUGCCCACUCUGACCACUUCUGUUGGCCUUCCAUUGCCUCCGACCCUCCCAAGCCUCACGCCAUUCAUCAAGACGGAGGAGCCAGCCCCCAUCCCUAUUAGCCAUUCUGCUGUCAGUCCCCAAGGCUCAGUCAAAAGUGACUCUGGGGCCCCUGAUCUGGCCACAAGAAACCCCAGUGGGGUCCCAGAGGAAACUGAAGGGUCAGCCAUGCCACCCUUUGGUGGCAAAGGUGAAGAGAGUAACGUGACAAGCUCCGUCCCGCCAGCGGGCAACAGUACCCUGAACUCUCCGGUGGCCGACGGUGGCCCAGGAGGGACCAACUUCACCAACCCUCUGUUGCCCCUCAUGUCUGAGCAGUUCAAGGCCAAGUUUCCUUUCGGGGGACUCUUAGAUUCAGCCCAGGCCUCAGAGACAUCCAAGCUGCAGCAGUUGGUAGAAAACAUCGACAAGAAGGCCACCGACCCCAAUGAGUGUAUUAUCUGCCACCGGGUCCUCAGCUGUCAGAGCGCCUUGAAAAUGCACUACCGCACACACACUGGGGAGAGGCCCUUCAAGUGUAAGAUCUGUGGCCGGGCUUUCACCACGAAAGGGAACCUCAAGACCCACUACAGCGUCCAUCGGGCCAUGCCUCCACUCAGAGUCCAGCAUUCCUGCCCCAUCUGUCAGAAGAAGUUCACAAACGCAGUGGUCCUCCAACAGCAUAUCCGUAUGCACAUGGGAGGUCAGAUCCCAAACACCCCGGUCCCUGACAACUACCCCGAGUCCAUGGAGUCCGACACGGGCUCCUUUGACGAGAAAAAUUUCGAUGACUUAGACAACUUCUCAGAUGAGAAUAUGGAAGAGUGUCCUGAGGGCAGCAUCCCGGAUACACCCAAGUCAGCGGACGCUUCCCAAGACAGCCUGUCGUCUUCGCCUCUGCCCCUCGAGAUGUCGAGCAUCGCUGCUUUGGAAAAUCAGAUGAAGAUGAUCAAUGCUGGCCUGGCAGAGCAGCUGCAGGCCAGCCUGAAGUCAGUGGACAAUGGAUCCGUGGAAGGGGAUGUGCUGACCAACGAGUCAUCCUCCGUGGGUGGCGACAUGGAGAGCCAGAGCGCAGGCAGCCCAGCCAUCUCAGAGUCUACCUCUUCCAUGCAGGCUCUGUCCCCGUCCAACAGCACCCAAGAAUUCCACAAGUCACCCGGCGUGGAGGAAAAGCCACAGAGAGUGGGGUCAGGCGAGUUCGCCAAUGGUCUGUCUCCCACCCCAGUGAACGGAGGUGCUUUAGACUUGACCUCUACUCACGCAGAGAAAAUCAUCAAAGAAGAUUCUCUGGGAAUCCUCUUCCCUUUCAGAGACCGGGGUAAAUUUAAAAACACUGCUUGUGACAUUUGUGGCAAAACCUUUGCUUGUCAGAGUGCCUUGGACAUUCACUACAGAAGUCAUACCAAAGAGAGACCGUUCAUUUGCACAGUUUGCAACCGUGGCUUUUCCACGAAGGGUAAUUUGAAGCAGCACAUGUUGACACAUCAGAUGCGGGACCUACCCUCACAGCUCUUUGAGCCCAGUUCCAACCUCGGCCCCAAUCAGAACUCUGCAGUGAUUCCCGCCACCUCGCUGACAUCUCUCAUCAAAACAGAGGUCAACGGCUUUGUGCACGUUUCUCCUCAGGACAGUAAGGACGCCCCCACUAGUCAUGUCCCUCAGGGGCCUCUGUCAUCCUCUGCAACAUCCCCGGUUCUGCUCCCAGCUCUGCCCCGGAGAACUCCCAAACAGCACUAUUGUAACACAUGUGGGAAAACCUUCUCUUCUUCGAGUGCCCUGCAGAUCCACGAGAGAACUCACACUGGAGAGAAACCCUUUGCGUGCACUAUCUGUGGAAGAGCAUUUACAACAAAAGGCAAUCUGAAGGUCCACAUGGGCACUCAUAUGUGGAAUAGCACCCCUGCACGCCGGGGCCGGCGACUCUCAGUGGAUGGCCCCAUGACAUUUCUAGGAGGCAAUCCUGUCAAGUUCCCGGAAAUGUUCCAGAAGGAUCUGGCGGCGAGGUCAGGAAGCGGGGAUCCGUCCAGCUUUUGGAACCAGUAUACGGCAGCACUGUCCAACGGGCUAGCCAUGAAGGCCAACGAGAUCUCUGUCAUUCAGAAUGGUGGCAUCCCUCCAAUUCCCGGAAGCCUGGGCAGCGGGAGCAGCUCACCUAUCAGUGGGCUGACAGGGAACGCAGAAAAGCUGGGGAAUUCCGAACCCAGUGCCCCCCUGGCUGGCCUGGAGAAAAUGGCGAGCAGCGAGAACGGAACCAACUUCCGUUUUACCCGCUUCGUGGAGGACAGCAAAGAAAUAGUCACGAGCUAA